CCUCAACAAGGAGCAGUGUCACGAUGAUCAUGUUAUGGAUUAUAUUGCUUUUACUUCAUCAAGGAUAUACUCUAGUUCCAGUGAAAACUGUUCAGCUUGGUGAACCAGCGAACAUAACAUGUGCUUUGCCCAGUGGGGUCAGCAUUAAAGGAGUCCACUGGUACAAGCAGAGUGUCGGAGAUACUCUCAAAUUAAUAGUGUCACUGAUUAAAACUACAACACCUCAGUAUGGUCAAGAAAUAUUUAAAUCAAGAUUUCAAGCACAUUAUGAUAAGAAAUUUAGCAACCUGACCAUUUUGAAAGCAGUCCAAGACGAUGAGGGAAUCUAUCACUGUGGAAUCAUAGAGUGGAUUAAUCCUGAAUGGACUGGAACAUAUUUGUUAGUAAAAGGAAAUAAUCAGCCAGCAUCAAAUUAUACUGUUGUUCAGUGGUCAACAGUGUUAAAUCCACUGCGUUCAGGAAAUUCAAUGACUCUCCAGUGUUCAGUCUAUUCUGACUCUGACAAGAUGUGUCCCAGAGAUUAUAAUGUGUUCUGGUUCAGAGCUGGAUCAGAUCAAUUACACCCAAGCAUCAUCUACACUGAUGGAAACAGUGAAAGUGAGAUAAUAUCAGACUCACAGGAGAGGUGUCUUUAUCGCUUCUCUAAGAAUGUCAGCUCAUCUGAUGCUGGGACUUACUACUGUGCUGUGGCCACAUGUGGGGAGAUAUUAUUUGGAAAUGGAACUAAACUGGACAUUGAAGAGCAAAAAUCAGGUUCUGAACUUACUGUGCUGGUUAUGGCAAUAAUCUUCUUGGUUAUUUCUGUGACUCUCAUUAUUGUUUGUUGUCGAACUCCAAGAGGAAUAUGUGAACAAUGCAAAGAUGCAGUUGCUUUGCAAACAAAUCUGACAGCAAAAGGAGAUCAGGAAAUUCUGCAGACAGAUGACGACUCAUUGGUUUAUUCUGUAGCAAUUUUCUCUUGUGGAAAAAUUAGAUACAGGAACAAAGACUAGAUACAGGACUACAGAACCUGCAGAAGAUGAGAAAUGAUUUGAAGGCUCUUGAGCCGGAUUGAUAUCUAGACACAUAUAACUCUUGCCUUUUUAAAUUAGAUUAGAAAUGUACUUGUUCUUCUAGCUAACCUAAUUUUAACCUAAUUUCUCCAUGUUUUAUUGUUUUAUUUUAUGUUGUUUUCUAUCUUUUCUCUUCUCUUCUUUUGACAUGUUUCUAGAUAUUCUUGUAUCUGGAUUCAUUUCUCCAUGUCCCACAUCAGUUUGAAAAUGUCAUUGUAAUGUAUAAAAAGAAAAAGAUGGAAACAGUGGAUGUAUUACUUCCUUCUUAGUAGACAGAAAGAAAAUAGUGUACUUCAAUACAAUUAUAUUACAUGAAAUGAAAACAUCUAUUUUAUACAAUUUCUUUAAGUAUUGAGCGUGCCUAUGUUUUUAAUAUGUUUUUGCAUUUUUUUAAAUUUGUGUUCAUUUCAUUCAAUUAUGACCUUCAUGUUUUGAAAAUAUCUCAGUCAGUAUAUGUUGAUUUGAA